AUAGUGAAGAAAGUGAUUAUGAUUCCGAAACUAGAAGUUUAUCAAGUUUAGAAUUAUUAGAUACUAAUGAAACAACGAUUAAGCAAUUAUUUGAAAAGGUGUUUAUAAAUGACGGACUAACCUGUAAUUCACCAAUAGAAAAGGCUUAUUAUUCGGCUCAAAUAUUCUCAUUAUUAUGCUUUGAAUGUGGAGAUUCUGAUAUUUCUACUCCAAUUCCGGUUACUCAAUAUCCACUAUGUGCAGAGUGCACACAAAAAGGAAUCAAAACACCAACUCGUGGAAAAUCUUUAAAAUUUACUACAC